AAAUCCUCCAAAAAACCCCCACAGACGCCCGCACCGAACCCUACUCUCUCUCUCUCUCUCUCUCUCUCUCUUAAAACACUUCUCAAUUAGGGUAUUUCCCGCCUUCAUUCACACACUGCCCCGUGCCUUCUGAGCGAACAAGUCGAAAUCUGGAGGUUGAUUCUAGGGUUUCAGACACCAGAAGCGGUAAUACGCAAGCACAAUGGUGUCUCCGAAGCAACUCCUCUCCACAAUCGAGUCCUCCCUCCUCGGCCCAACCCCUCCGACGCCUUCUCAAAGGAUCGAGCUCAUGCACUCCAUUCGCCUCUCUCUCCCCUCCCUCCAGUCCCUCCUAUUUUAUCCGCCUCCAAAACCAUCUGACCGAGCUGAAGUCCAGUCGAGAGAAGUCAGGCUUCCGGAUUCUUCCCCGAUUUCACUUGAUGAUCAAGAUGUCCAAAUUGCUCUGAAAUUAAGUGAUGAUCUCAACCUUAAUGAAAUAGACUGCGCGCGUUUGCUUGUCUCUGCCAAUCAAGAGUGGGGCUUAUUGGGACGAGAUCCAGUAGAAAUUUUGCGCCUUGCAGCAGGGCUUUGGUAUACAGAGAGAAGAGACCUCAUAACAGCACUUUACACACUAUUAAGGGCUGUUGUGCUUGACCAGGGACUUGAAGUUGAUCUUGUGGCUGACAUUCAGAAAUAUCUGGAAGAUCUUAUUAGUUCUGGGCUUCGACAAAGAUUAAUUUCUCUCAUAAAGGAACUGAAUCGAGAAGAACCAGCUGGUUUGGGCGGGCCUCACUCAGAGCGCUAUGUUCUUGAUUCAAGAGGUGCUCUUGUGGAGCGUCAAGCAGUUGUUUGUAGGGAAAGGCUGAUUCUUGGCCAUUGCCUUGUACUUUCUAUUUUGGUCGUGCGGGCAAGCCCAAAAGAUGUGAAGGACAUUUUCUCCACUUUGAAAGAUAGCUCUGCUGAACUUAAUGGUAGCAAUGACACCCUAAAGCAUCAGAUUGCAUAUAGCCUUCUCUUUUCUCUUGUUAUCGCCGUCAUAUCUGAUGCAUUGAGCACAGCACCUGAUAAAAUGUCUGUCUUAUCUCGCGAUGCAUCUUUUAGGCGUGAAUUUCAGGAAACAGUAAUUGCUUCGGGAAGUGAUCUAAUCGCUGAGGGCUUUGUAGAUUGUGUACGACUUGCAUGGGCUACACAUUUGAUGUUAAUACUAGAUGGAAAUGAUACAAGGGAGAAUGUACCAAGUGCUUCACCUAGUGACAUUGGAUAUAUUUCCUCUUGCUUGGAAAUAAUUUUCUCAAACAAUGUGUUCCAGUUUUUCUUGGUUAAGAUUCUUCAAACUGCCGCUUAUCAGAAUGAUGAUGAGGAUAUGACCUAUAUGUACAAUGCGUAUCUGCACAAGCUUAUUACAUGCUUUCUUUCUCAUCCACAUGCUAGAGAAAAGGUUAAAGAAACAAAAGAAAAGGCCAUGACUGCACUUAGCCCCUACCGCAUUGCUGGGUCACUUGAUUAUAUGCAUGACAGUAGUGCGCAUUCUCAACAAGCUACUGAAACAGCCCCUCAACCCUUUGUGUCUCUUUUGGAGUUUGUGAGUGAAAUUUAUCAGAAGGAACCAGAGCUGCUGUCUGGCAAUGAUGUCUUGUGGACAUUUGUGAACUUCGCUGGAGAGGACCAUACUAACUUUCAAACUCUAGUGGCCUUCUUGAAAAUGCUGAGUACCUUGGCUUCUAGUCAAGAGGGAGCUUCAAAGGUUUUCGAAUUACUUCAGGGUAAAACAUUUCGCUCUAUUGGGUGGAGUACUCUGUUUGAUUGUUUAUCAAUCUAUGAAGAGAAGUUCAAACAGUCCCUUCAAAGUCCUGGGGCAAUGUUACCGGAAUUUCAGGAGGGGGAUGCAAAAACACUUGUUGCAUAUUUGAAUGUUCUGCAGAAGGUAGUGGAAAAUGGGAAUCCCACUGAAACAAAGAACUGGUUUCCUGAAAUUGAGCCAUUGUUCAAGCUCCUCGGUUAUGAAAAUGUGCCUCCUUAUUUGAAGGGUGCUUUGCGUAAUGCUAUAGCUACUUUCGUUCGAGUUUCUCCGACAUUAAAGGAUACUAUUUGGAGAUACCUUGAGCAAUAUGAUCUUCCAGUUGUUGUGGGGCCUCAUCCCGGGAGCAGCACACCAUCCAUGACAGCACAGGUGUAUGAUAUGAGGUUCGAGUUAAAUGAAAUAGAAGCAAGAAGAGAACAAUACCCUUCAACAAUAUCUUUCCUCAACUUGUUAAAUGUGCUUAUUUCCGAAGAAAAGGAUGUCAGUGAUAGAGGGCGUAGAUUCAUUGGAAUUUUUAGGUUCAUAUAUGAUCAUGUGUUUGGUCCCUUCCCCCAAAGAGCCUAUGCAGACCCUUGUGAGAAAUGGCAGUUAGUUAUUGCUUGUCUCCAGCAUUUUCGAAUGAUACUAAGCUUGUAUGACGUUGUGGAUGAGGAUGUUGACAAUAUUAUUGACCAAUCACAACCCUCAGCAGUGGCCGAAUCUGCUUCAUUUCAAAUGCAGCUGCCUAUCAUAGAGUUAUUGAAAGAUUUUAUGAGUGGGAAAAUUGUCUUCCGAAAUGUCAUGGGUAUUCUUUUGCCGGGUGUUAAUUCCAUCAUUUCUGAACGCACUAAUCAAAUUUAUGGUCAACUACUAGAAAAAGCUGUAAUGCUUUCUUUGGAGAUCAUAAUCUUGGUCUUGGAGAAGGACCUAACAGUAUCUGAUUUCUGGCGCCCUCUCUACCAGCCUUUGGAUGUCAUCCUCUCCCAAGAUCAUAAUCAAAUUGUGGCUCUGUUGGAGUAUGUCAGAUAUGAUUCUCACCCCCAUAUUCAGCAAUGCUCUAUCAAAAUUAUGAGCAUCCUAAGUUCUCGUAUGGUUGGGCUUGCACAGUUGCUGUUAAAAUCAAAUGCUGCAAGCUCUUUGAUCGAGGAUUAUGCUGCCUGCCUGGAGCUGCGAUCAGAAGAAAGCCAGAUUAUAGAGAACAGUAGUGAGGAUCCCGGCGUUCUCAUAUUGCAGCUUCUUAUUGACAAUAUUAAUCGCCCAGCUCCAAAUAUUGCACAUUUACUGCUCAAGUUUGAUCUUGACACACCUGUAGAAAGGACAGUGCUACAGCCUAAGUUUCAUUACAGUUGCUUGAAGGUUAUGCUCGAUAUUCUUGAAAAGCUUUCAAAGCCUGAUAUCAAUGCCUUGCUACAUGAAUUUGGUUUUCAGCUUCUUUUUGAGUUAUGCUCGGAUCCACUGACAGGUGGCCCUACCAUGGAUCUUUUAAGUAAUAAAAAGUACCAAUGCUUUGUAAAGCACCUGGAGACAAUUGGAGUUGCUCCGCUUCCAAAAAGAAAUAGCACUCAAGCGCUUCGCAUCAGCUCCCUCCAUCAGAGAGCAUGGCUGUUGAAGCUUUUGUCUAUCGAGUUACACACCGCUGAUAUGGCUAAUUCCAGCCAUCGGGAAGCAUGCCAAAGUAUUCUUGCUCAUCUUUUUGGGCAGGAUGUCGUCGAAUAUGGCACAGAUUCUAAUAUACCUCAAUCGUUUCUCCUUCAGAAUAGUGCUGAUAUUGUGGGAACCGGAACAAUCAGUAAGAGUAAGGUGCUGGAAAUGCUUGAAGUUGUUCAGUUCAGGUCUCCUGAUACCAGUAUGAAGUAUUCUCAGGCUGUUUCUAAUAUGAAAUACGGGUUCCUGGCUGAGGAUAUACUCAGGAAUCCAGCAACUUCUGGAAAGGGAGGUAUUUAUUACUUUUCAGAGCGGGGUGAUCGUUUGGUUGAUCUUGCUGCAUUCCGCGAUAAGCUUUGGCAGAAAUGCAACGCCAUUAAUCCCCAACUGAGCUCUUUUGGCAGUGAAGUUGAGCUCAAUGAGGUAAGUGAUACUAUUCAGCAGUUAUUACGAUGGGGAUGGAAGUAUAAUAAGAACCUUGAAGAACAAGCUGCCCAGCUUCAUAUGUUAACUGGCUGGUCUCAGAUUGUUGAGGUCUCCGCAUCCAGAAGAAUAUCAUCUCUUGAAAAUCGAUCCGAAAUUUUAUUUCAGUUGCUUGAUGCCUCUUUGUGUGCUUCUGCUUCUCCAGACUGUUCACUGAAGAUGGCGAUAAUACUGACACAGGUUGCUCUUACAUGCAUGGCCAAGCUGCGUGAUGAAAGAUUUCUAUGCCCUGGAAGUUUAAAUGCUGACACUGUAACAUGUCUUGAUAUAAUCAUGGCUAAACAAUUGUCAAAUGGAGCUUGUAACUCUAUCCUGUUCAAGCUCAUCAUGGCAAUCCUUAGAAAUGAAUCAUCGGAAGCAUUGAGAAGACGCCAAUAUGCCUUGCUUCUUAGCUACUUCCAGUACUGUAGACAUAUGCUUGAUCCGGAUGUUCCGAUGUCGGUUCUGCAGUUCUUGUUGCUUGAUGAGCAAAACGCUGAGGAUUUGGACCUCCAGAAGAUUGACAAAGAGCAGGCAGAAUUAGCUCGGGCCAAUUUUUCAAUUGUUAAGAAAGAUGCUCAAGCAAUCCUAGAUUUGGUUAUGAAGGAUGCUACUCAAGGCAGUGAAUCUGGAAAGACAAUAUCACUCUAUGUCCUGGAUGCAAUGAUUUGUAUUGAUUAUGAGAAGUUUUUCUUAAGCCAACUUCAAAGUAGAGGUUUCCUUAGGUCUUGCUUUAUGAGCAUCAGCAAUCUUUCUUAUCAGGAUGGUGGGCGUUCAUUGGAUUCUUUGCAGCGAGUUUGUACUCUGGAGGCAGAACUCUCUCUAUUGUUGAGAAUAUGUUACAGAUAUGGAAAAUCAGGGGCCCAGGUUCUAUUUUCUAUGGGUGCUUUGGAACAUAUCGCAUCAUGCAGGGCAGUCAAUAUGCAGAUUAAGGGAAGUCUAAGGCGGGUUGAUGCUAAGUUUGGAAGAGAUUUAUCUGUGGAUGUUGAUAAACGACGAAUGAUCAUUGCUCCAAUUUUGAGAUUAGUUUGUUCUCUCACUUCAUUGAUUGAUGCAUCAGAUUUCUUUGAGGUGAAGAAUAAAAUUGUUCGUGAAGUGAUGGAUUUUGUCAAACGCCAUCAAUUUAUCUUUGAUCAAGUUCUUCGGGAAGAUGUUUCUGAAGCUGAUGAAUUGAUGACGGAGCAGUUAAAUCUUGUUGUUGGUAUACUUAGCAAGGUCUGGCCAUAUGAUGAGAGUGGCGAGUAUGGUUUUGUUCAAGGGCUCUUUGGGAUGAUGUGUGCUCUUUUCUCACGUGAUUCAGAAUCCCUUUCUUUUAACAAAUCCGUACCAGCUUUAGAGAAUCAGCGGAAGUCAGAGUUGAACACUUUUGGUCUUUGUGUUAGCCUAAGCUCUUAUCUCUAUUCUCUGGUCACAAAGCACACAGUAAGACUACAGGUUUCAGAUAGUCUCACAGAUUAUCGUGCAUCUGCUGGACAGCAGCAGCCCACACUGACUCUACUUGGUUCUUUUCUUAGUUCUGUGACAACUGUUCUCGAAAGAGCUGCUGAGGAAAAAUCUUUACUGCUUAACAAGAUUCAAGACAUAAAUGACCUAUCAAGACAGGAGGUGGAUGAUAUUAUCAGUAUGUGCAUCCGACAAGAUCAUGUUGCUUCAUCAGACAAUAUACAGAGAAGGAGAUAUAUCGCAAUGGUGGAAAUGUGCCGGAUCGCCGGAAACAGGGAUCAGCUUAUCAAUUUACUACUUGUGCUUGCAGAGAAUGUGGCGAACAUUAUCCUUGUCCAUUUUCAGGAUGGUUCUUAUCUACCCAACCCAGUUGCAGCAAUGAAGACGAUAACGUACAGUUCCAAGCCUGACACUGGGGAGGAUAUGCCUUCGCUAUGUGAAAAGUUAAUUCCAACUUUAGAAAGACUAGAAUCGCUAAGUGAGGACAAAACGGGUCAUAACCUUAAGGUUUUCCAACGAUUAGUAUACUCACUCAAGGAAAUUGCAAUUCAAAACUUAAGUUUAUGAGAGGAAAGAGUUUCUGCUUCGCUUCGACCGCAGCUUUUCACAUGACUUGAGUAAAAUUCCAGGUCAUUUGUUGUACUAUCAUGUUGUCCCGCGGAUGGCAUAUGCUUCUGUAAUCUUAUAAGUAUAGGUAAAUGUAUUGAGUUAUGUAAUCUCCUCGCGGUUCUGUGUAAAUGUUUUUGAAUUGUAAAUUAUAUAGUAGCGGCUUUUUACCCAUGAUUUGUUGGUAGCCAGAUCUCCCUUCAUUCUGCAAGGCUUCACUUUCCAGUGUAAUUUUUGGCCCUUGCGGUCCUGAUUUCAUAUAGCUUCAAUUCAAUUUCCAAACAA